AUGAGCAGCCCGCGAACCAACUCCCAGGCAAGAGCCUCAGGGAAGCGCCGCUCGCGCCUGAACCCGAGCUCUCCAGCGGUCCUCAUCGCUGUCGCAGUCCUCAUCUGUACCGUCCUUCGCAUUUACUGGUUCAGUGACUGGUCUCACUCGUACCUGCUCGCGCUGCACUCUUCAGCUGGCAACCGGCGGAACAUGACGGCUGCGUGGAACUCGGAGUGGAAGCGGCACGCGCGACACUUCCCUUCCGCCUUCGAGGCGAGCCAGCGCGUCGGACGCACCGCCGAACUCUUCGCGGCCACGUUCGCAGUCGCUGCGCCACACGCGACCGUGCCGCGGGUCGAGGAGUCGGCCAUGGAGUGCUCGAGCUACGCGGGCCCGAUGUACUUCCCGUACGGCGGCAAGGCCAAGCACGCCAGCCGCGUCAACACUGCCUGGCUCCUCGCGCUCGACGUCGACCGGCUGCUCCACUUCUUCCGCGUGACGGCGGGCCUGCCUCCGCUCAAAGCGGCGCCGGCGUACGGCGGCUGGGAGAGCGGCGGCUCGGGCCUACGUGGCGAGUUCGUAGGCCAUUACUUGCACGCCGCCUCCGCCGCCGCUGCAUCGACGGGGAACGAGACGGAGCGAGCGGCGCUGCUCGCCCGCUGUGGCGCGGUCGUGCGAGGGCUCGCCGAGUGUCAAGCCAAGCUCGGCGCCGGAGGCUACGUCUCCGCCUUCCCCGAGGCCGAGUUUGCUCUCACGGAGGCGGGCAAGCCGCCCGGGCCUUGGGCGGGCAAGCCGCCCGGGCCUUGGGCGGGCAAGCCGCCCGGGCCUUGGGCGGGCAAGCCGCCCGGGCCAUGGGUGCCCUACUACGUCAUGCACAAGCUCCUCGCCGGUCUGAUUGCGCACCGGCAGUUGUGGCCGAGCACAACGUCGGGCGCUGCGGCCUUGACCGUCGCGCUGCAGCUGGCGUCGCACCUUCGCGGGCGUGCCGAUGCGAUGUGGCGUGUCGACGCGAUGUGGUCUGCGGGCGGCCGUGAGCGGUGGGAGGACUUCAUCAACCAAGAGGUUGGCGGCAUGUCGGAGGCGCUGGGGGACCUCUCUCUUCUCUCGGGCGAUCCGGCGUGGGCAAGCCUCGCGGCCAGAUUCGAGCGGCCGUGCUUCAUUCGCCCGCUCGCCCUCGCAGCCUCCCUCGCCGCGCCGCUCGACGACGCGGC